AGAUUAAACCCUACAAUGGCCAAUUGGAAAGUAGCCACUGCGAUACUCCGUCGCCAUCUCCGAUCCCCACCGCCUACGACGUUCUCCUCCUUCAGAAAUCCAACCAUAGCCUUCUCUACAACUAAUCACCUUCCUAGCUACACAACCCCUCUCGCCAACGACGACGACGACGACGAUGAUCGGAGAGGGAAAUGGCUAACUCUACCUCCUUUCUCUCCCACCAUCGACGCCGCCGCCGUAGGAAAGGAGCUCUCUUUCGACGAUAACUCCGUCGUCAAAGGCUCAACGACGACGACGACGGCCCUUAGGUGGAUUCUUCGUUGCCGCCCCGAUCUACCGAGGAAUCUCCUUCUGAAACUCUUCCGUUUAAGACAGGUUAGGAGAGAAUUGUCUGUGAGUUGUGACGGUGGUGAGAUACAAAGAAGUCAGCUUAAGAGGGUGGGAGCUAAGGAGUCGUUGAAUGUUGGAGAUAGAAUUUACCUUCCUUUGUCUGUUGACAAUGAUGCACCGCAACCGCCUGCUGCUGCUAAGAAAGAAAGGUUUCGGUGUAGUGAGGAAGAGCGCAAAUUCGUUUGUAGUUUGGUCUUGUACAAGGAUGCAGACAUUAUUGUUUUGAAUAAACCUCAUGGUUUGGCUGUUCAAGGAGGGACAGGUGUUAAAACCAGUAUUGAUGAACUUGCUGCAACUUGCUUGACUUUUGAUAAAUCUGAAUCUCCCCGGCUGGUGCACAGACUUGACAGAGACUGUAGUGGACUUUUGGUGUUGGGAAGAACACAAACGGCUGCAACACUUCUUCAUUCUAUAUUCCGCGAGAAAACAUCUGGUGCAUCCGCAUAUGGUGUCAAAAAGAACAUAAAAUCCUUGAAAAGAAAGUAUUUGGCACUUGUUAUCGGAUGUCCAAGACGUCAAAGGGGACAAAUUUCAGCUCCGCUCAGAAAGGUUGUUGUGGAUGAUGGAAAAUCUGAUCGAAUCACAGUUAAUGACAAUGGAGAACUCGUUUCUACUCAGCAUGCUAUCACUGAAUACCGAGUGAUUGAAUCUUCACCACUUGGAUAUUCAUGGCUGGAGCUUCGUCCUUUAACCGGCAGAAAACAUCAGCUUCGUGUACACUGCGCAGAAGUUCUAGGAACACCGAUACUAGGGGACUAUAAAUACGGUUGGCAAGCUCAUAAAUCCCGGGAACCAGUUGUCUCUUCCGGAAACACCUUGACCAAGCAGGCAUCAUCAUCAUCGUCCCCUUUUGGCCUGGAUCUUGAAGGUGGAGACGUAUCUUCAAAACAGCCACACCUUCAUCUCCACUCAAAGCAAAUCGAUCUGCCAAACAUCUGUCAGCUCCUUGGGAAAUUGCAGGUUUCUUCAGAUUCUGAUAUUUCGGAUCUAGAUAGCCUCAAAUUUGAUGCUCCGUUGCCUGCUCAUAUGCAGCUAAGUUUUAACUUGUUGAAAUCUAGAGUCGAAACUUGUGACAAUUGUUAGGAGUUGUUUCAUCUUUUCGUUACAAGUCUUUAUGAUGUGUGUUCUCGAGGUUCCUAACUACGUGUACGAAUAUUCUCAUACAAAGAUAAAUCAUUACAUCUUAAAUUUUG